AUGGCCUCAUUCUCUGUAAACCUCACCACUUCACCUUCUCCAUUCAUUCUUCAACGACGUCGUUUCUCCAACUUUUCAUCCUCUACUCAUCAUCAACUACAAGAUUCACAUCUGCAAAAUAAAAAAUUUGGGGCUUUCUUAUUACUGGGUUUCACACCAUUUUCUUUCAAUUUGAGGAGGAGGAGAACUUUGAUGUAUGCAGCCAAUCAAGAUUCAAUGGAAGUAGUGAGAGAAACCGACAAAACUAAUGGCCUGAUAGGUGUAUUGGGCGAAGUUGAUUCUCAUCAAGUACGUGACAAAAGUACCAAAGCUUGGUCGCAAUUUGCCAAAAGAAUAUCAGGUGAGUGGGAUGGAUUUGGAGCAGACUUCAGUAAUCAAGGGAGCACAAUUGAACUUCCGGAGUAUGUGGUGCCUGAAGCAUAUCGAGAGUGGGAGGUCAAAGUAUUUGAUUGGCAGACUCAAUGCCCCACUCUUGCUAACCCAGAGGAUCAUGUUCUCGAGUACAGGUCCAUUCAGUUACUUCCCACGGUUGGAUGUGAGGCUGAUGCUGCAACGGUAUACAGUUCAGAUGAGAGAAAAGUGAGUGGCGAAAACAGCGGAGUUACCACUUUUGCCUACCAAUCGAGUGGCUCUUAUGUUGCUGUCUGGCAAAAGAAGGACGACGUAAUAGAGUUGGAAUACUGCUUGAUCAAUCCUCAAGAUUUUGAAUCUCGGGUUAGGAUUAUUCAGCAUAUCCGUGUAUUGAAUAAUACAGAGAUGAAGCUACAGGGUGUAAGAGUAUUUCGUGAGCAGUGGUAUGGACCAUUUAGAAACGGCAAUCAACUAGGAGGUUGUGCCAUUCGCGAUUCCGCUUUUGCUUCUACAGCACCUACGAUUGCUUCAGAUAUUGCUGGUAUCUGGCAGGGUUCUAAAGCUGUCACCAAGUUCGGCGCUACAAACACUGAGAUUUUUCGAGAGUUUUUAGAUGACGGACUGCAGAAGUCUGUUAGAGAUGGAGAAAACAAUGUAUUACUUCCAAAGCAGCUGUGGUGUUCGCUUAAACAAAACAAGGACGGCGUAACUAUAACCGAAGCGGGAUGGCUUUUAGAUCAAGGGCAGGCGAUCACAUCAAGUUGCUUAUUCUCAAGCAGUGCAAAGCUGAAGGAAAUAUCAAUAGCAUUAGAAACUAGAGCCUCGGAAUAA